GCUUUUUCUUCUCCGAACAAAGGAGUCUCUAUUAGAAAUCAGUUGGAGAACUUCAAAUCAAAAAGGCUUAUGGGCUGCAAAGAUGGUAGUGCAGAGGAGAUAAAGGGGAAAUGGGGAUAUGAUAGGUCUCACAAGAACUACUUGUUUGAGCACGAGCAGCCAGUAAGUAGUCAAAUCCCAAAUUUGCAAGUGAGGCCUAAGGAUGGAAGUCCUGAGCCUGCCUUGGAUGAUGCUGUAUUGAAAGAAAUCACUUCAAUUUUAAGUAGUUGUGUCGAUAGACUACUUAAAGAUGAAAGUUUUAGAUCAUCCAUACAUCAAGUUUGUUUUACUUCACUGAACUCCAGCAAGGUGGAGAACAGACAUGCUAAAGAUAAUGAUGUUCUUUCUUCUCUUAAAGAAGCAAUUAAGACUGUUGAAACAAUGAUCAUUAAGGGUCCUAAUCAGCUGGCGCUGAAGAAAACUUCACUUAAGUUGAGUGUUAUUACUGGCCUGAAGUCAAUAGAAUCGGAUGGGGGAUGCACUUGUGGGAUUCCUAACUCACAUUUAGCUGGUUGGGCCCAUUUUUAUCUGAGCAUUCUUUACAAGAUUCAGAACAAAGAUAAGGUUUCAGCUAAGCAUCUACUGCUAGUUUUCUGUGAUAUUCCACACCAAGCUCGAACAAAAUUGCUACCAGGACUUUGGAAGCACCUUUUCUUACCUCCUCUGUCUCAUUUGAAGGCAUGGUAUGAUAAGGUGAAAAAGUCUAUUCAAGGAACAUCAGAAGUGACGAUGAAUCUGGAGUUUUUGGAUAAAGUAUAUAAUGAUCUUUUGGAUGUCAGUACGUCUCAAUUUGCAGCUUAUUACAAGGGUUGGCUGAUGGAUGACAACAGUCCUGCAUUGCCUUCUAUUCUUGUCCCUGUAUCUUUUCCUGAAAUAGCAGAAGAUGCUAAUGAUGUCAUUUCAGUCGAGUCUUUUAGUUCAAACACUUCAGCUCUCUCUAAAACUAUGAUUAGCAAAAGAUUAUAUGAAUCUGUUUUUGGCGAAGCAAAUAGAAUGGAAAUAACAGACGUUAUGGAAAGUGGGGACGAAGAGGAGAUUGAUGAGGUGGAGGAUGAUCCUGAAGAGGGACAGUCAGAUGCUUGGGCAAGAAGGUAUGAUGAUUCCGAGCAAAACGAUGGAGAAACAUGGAACCACUCUCCUAAUUUGGGCACUUAUGCGGCUGAAAGAUUUGGAGAAUAUUACAGCGCUGGUUCUCAAUAUUCGGUUGUGCCUUUUCAAAAAAAUGACCAGGAAAAUGGAAGAUCUUGUGGAUCAAGCAGCUUAAGUAUCAUUGAAGCAGACAAAACUAGAGUUGAAAGUAAAAUCUUUCAACCUUGUCAUACCAUCAAAGGCUACGUUCAAGUUGGCAAGUCUGACCAGCAAGAAAAUGAUAAUGAGCCUAAGAUGAAAAUGCUAACUCAAGCUGCCUUUCAGUUGCAGUUGACAGAUGUAACACAGACAGAGUCUGUGAUAUAUGAAGCUGACACCAUACUCAAACUUUCUGGUUUAUGCUCAACGCAAGCAAGCCCUCGUGCUGUGCUGUUUGGAUCCCAUGAAGAUACUGACCAGGAUUCCUUGUUUUCUAGAAUUCCAAAAGAUUUCAUUUGUCCUUUGACUGGACUAUUACUUACGGAACCUGUGACAUUGGAGAGUGGGUAUACCUGUGAACUAGCUGCUAUCAAGAAGAGAUUUGAUCAAGGCAACAAAACAUGUCCUGUAACGGGAAAAUCAUUGAAGUAUUCAACUAUCCCUGAAACAAAUGCUGUAUUAAAACACAUGAUCAAUGACUGGGUGGCUGAAUGCUUCAGAAAUUCCCCAUCUAACAAAAAGAAACAGGCUUGGAACUCUAAAAUUGAAUUGGCUUUAUCAAUCUUCGAGCAGAUGACGGUUGGGUUCAGCUCUAUAGACAAGAAGGAAAACAUCAAGCAUCUCAUUUCUCUUGGGGGCUUUCACUUUCUCACUCAGACAUUUGAACUGGGAAGUUUUGAAGAGAAGUCUCGUGCUGCUGAACUUUUAGUCCAGUGCAUUCAGGCUGAUGGAUGCUGUCGGAACUACCUAGUUAUGCAUAUCAGUAAACCUUCUCUCCUUGAACUCAUCCACAGUGGGCAAGUUCAUGCAAUAACUAAUGCUGCUUCACUUCUCAUUGAACUAAUAUGUCUAAACAGAAGGAUGGAUAUUACAUCUUUCCUAAGUGGGUUGAAAACAGAAGCUUCGGAUACCAUAAUGAGUGAUCUUCUACUAUGCCUUAAGAGCUCUCUGCCUGAAGAAAGAGUCCUCGUUGCAGUUCUUCUUUUACACCUUGAUCUUAUAGAAGACUCCCAGGUGUAUAGUGUUUUCAGAAGGGAAGCUGUAAAGUGCGUUAUAACUACACUUGAGUGCUGUCUGUCCAAUAAGAAGUUUAUAGCAAAUUGCCGAACGGCUCUUCUCAUUCUGGGAGGCAUUUUCUCUGUUUCUGGAGAGAUUUUGACAGAAAUUUGGUUGUUGAAACAAGCUGGAUUGAAUGAUGAGGAUGAUGAAACAAUCUCAGAGGAAGAAGAAAGGAGAAGAGAAGAAUGGCUGAAGAGCAUGGUUUCAAUUUUCAUUGGUUACAAAAAGAAGUCGUUCCUGGAGACUCUUUCCAACUGCUGGAAGUUGGGGAGCCCAGAUCUUGCGAGGAUAUGCUUAGUAACAACAGCAUGGAUAAGCCAUGCACUUCCUUCUCUAUUUGUUCCCGAAUUACAGUUUUCUUCUAUGGCUCUUCUUCUGAGGCUGAAAGAAAGCUUGACUAGUGAUAUGGAUAUUCAACAGAGGGUACUUGCUUGUUUAUGUCUGCUCAAUUUCAGCAAGAUUUCAG